AUGGGCCCGUCCGAGGCGGACCAGACCGAGAUGCUCGCGACGCUCGGCUUCGCGUCCCUCGACGAGCUCGUGUCGUCGACGGUGCCGGCGAACAUCCGCCUGACGGAGCCGCUCGAGCUCGGGAGCCACCAGUCCGAGGCCAUGGCCGAGACGGAGGCGCUGGCGCUCCUCGAGACCAUGGCGAAGAAGAACAAGGUGCUCAAGUCCAUGAUGGGCCUGGGCUACCACGAGACGCACACGCCGCUCGUCAUCCUGCGCAACAUGCUCGAGAACCCGGGCUGGUACACGGCGUACACGCCCUACCAGGCCGAGAUCUCCCAGGGCCGCCUCGAGAUGCUCCUGAACUACCAGACCCUCGUGACGGAGCUCACGGGCAUGGAGAUGGCCAACGCGUCGCUUUUGGACGAGGCGACGGCCGCGGCCGAGGCCAUGUCCAUGUGCGUCGCGCUUUCCAAAAACGGCAAGAAGAAGAACGCGUCCCUCGCCUUCUUCUGCGACGCCCAGUGCCACCCGCAGACCAUCGCCGUCGUCCGCACGCGCUGCGAGGCGCUGGACAUCGCGGUGGUGGUCGGCGACGCGGCGAGCGACGCGCUGCCCGAGGGCUGCGUCGGCGUGCUCUGGCAGUACCCGAACACGCGCGGCGACGUCGUCGCCGACAGCGCGUCCAUCUCGAAGAAGGCCCAGGACGCGGGAGCGCUCUCCGUCUGCGCCGCGGACCCCCUCGCGCUCACGCUGUUGCCGCCGCCGUCGUCGCUCGGCGUCGACAUCGCCGUGGGCUCCAUGCAGCGCUACGGCGUGCCCAUGGGCUUCGGCGGCCCCCACGCGGCCUACAUGGCCACGUCCGAGAAGUACGCGCGCCGCAUGCCCGGCCGCAUCAUCGGCGAGACCGUCGAGGCGAACGAGCGCAAGGGCCGCGCGCUGCGGAUGGCCAUGCAGACGCGCGAGCAGCACAUCCGCCGCGACAAGGCCACGUCGAACAUCUGCACGGCCCAGGCGCUGCUGGCGAACAUGGCCGCGGCCUACGCCAUCUACCACGGCCCCGAGGGCCUCCAGGCCAUCGCGCGGCGCUGCAAGGGGUUGGCGCAGGCCGCGUCGAAGACGCUCAACGCCAACGGCAUCGACGCCAGCGCGCCGGCCUUCGACACCAUCGUCGUCUCCGGCGUCGACGCCGCGGGCGUCGCCAAAAAGGCCGAGGCCGCGGGCUUCAAUUUGCGCGUGCUCGGGCCGGCGGAGAUCGGCGUGUCCUUCGGCGAGACGGUGACGCGCGACGACCUCGCGAAGCUCCUGGGCGACGUCUUCGGCUGCCGGACCGUCGGCGACCUCGACGAUCUCGCCGUCGUCGACCGAUCCGGCGAGCGCGGGUCGAUCCUGCCCCACGCGGUCUUCAACAGCCACCGGUCCGAGUCGCAGAUGCUCCGCUACCUCCUGUGCUACCUCAAGCAUCUGGAGGACAAGGACCUCGCGCUGAACCACUCCAUGAUCUCGCUGGGCUCCUGCACGAUGAAGCUGAACGCGACGGCGGAGAUGAUCCCCAUCACGUGGCCCGAGUUCGCGAACGUGCACCCCUUCGCGCCCGUGGACCAGACGGCGGGCUACGUCGAGAUGAUCGACUCGCUCAACGCGGACCUGUGCAAGAUCACGGGCUUCGAUGCUGUCUCGGUGCAGCCCAACAGCGGCGCGUCGGGCGAGUACGCGGGGCUGCUGGCGAUCCGCGCGUACCAGGCGUCCCAGGGCCAGGGCCACCGCGACGUCUGCUUGAUUCCCGUGUCGGCGCACGGCACGAACCCGGCGUCGGCCGUCAUGGCGGGCCUGCGGGUCGUCACGGUCAAGUCCGACGCCGCGGGCAACGUCGAUUUGGAAGAUUUCAACGCCAAGGCCGAGAAGCACAAGGACAACCUGUCCGCGAUCAUGAUCACGUACCCGUCGACGUACGGCGUCUUCGAGGAGGCCGUCCAGGACAUCACGUCCAAGACCCACGCGUGCGGCGGCCAGGUCUACAUGGACGGCGCGAAUUUGAACGCGCAGUGCGGCCUGACGUCGCCCGGCGUCUGCGGCGCGGACGUCUGCCACCUCAACAUGCACAAGACCUUCUGCAUCCCCCACGGCGGCGGCGGCCCGGGCGUCGGCGCCAUCGGCGUCGGCAAGCACCUCGCGCCCCACCUGCCGGGCCACGAGCUCAUCCCCAUCACGGGCGAGUCCGCGGGCAAGGACAGCGCCGUCGCAGCGGCGCCCUACGGCUCCGCGCUCAUCCUGCCCAUCUCCUGGAUGUACAUCAAGAUGCUCGGCGCCGCGGGCCUCACGCGCGCGUCGGCCAUCGCCAUCCUCAACGCCAACUACAUGGCCAAGCGUUUGGAGGAGUCGUACGACGUCCUCUUCCGCGGCGCGAACGGCCAGUGCGCGCACGAGUUCAUCAUCGACCUGCGGUCCUUCAAGAAGUGCGGCGUCGUCGAGGAGGACGUUGCGAAGCGCCUCCAGGACUACGGCUUCCACUCGCCGACCAUGUCCUGGCCCGUGCCCGGCACGUUGAUGAUCGAGCCGACCGAGUCCGAGGACAAGGAGGAGCUCGACCGCUUCUGCGACGCGCUGAUCGCCAUCCGCGGCGAGAUCGCCGCCGUCGCCGACGGCGCGGUCAAGCUCGAGGACUCGCCCCUCCACCACGCGCCCCACACCAUGGCCGACGUCAUGACCGACGACUGGGACCGCCAGUACAGCCGCGACACGGCCGCGUUCCCCAUGCCCUACGUCAAGCUGAACAAGUUCUGGCCCACCGUGGGCCGCGUCGACAACGUCCACGGCGACCGCCACCUCAUCUGCACCUGCCCGCCCAUGGAGGUCUACGAGAGCUAG